CGCUUCCUCAGGACUCGGCCAUUCGGAGGGCGAACGGGCCGUCCCGGCGGGCCGUCCCUCUCGCCGCCGCCCCGUGGUCGGCCCUGUGUGUUGGGCCUGCGAGUUCUCUAUGCUGUUGGCAACGACAUGUGGCGCCUCCCGCGACUCCUGGGCCGAGCUCUUCCCAGUCUGCUGGGAUCUGGCCUCCGGGGGGUGACCCCCAAGUCCCCCAACCCAGAUGGGCUGCAGGCUGCCUCCUCCAGCCUGCUGGUCCCUGUCCCCAGCUUUGACAGGUCAGGCCCCCAUGGCCCAGGCCCAGGCACAAAGAGGGGCCCAAGGUCUCAUGGAUGGAAGGAUGCCUUCCAGUGGAUGUCUACCCGUGUUUCCCCAAACACCUUGUGGGAUGCCAUAUCAUGGGGCACUCUGGCCGUGCUGGCCCUGCAGCUGGCAAGGCAGAUCCAUUUCCAGUCGUCCCUGCCAGCAGGACCUCGGCAAGCAGGGCACUGCUUUUGGCGCCGUCCCCUGGAUCGUUUCCUCUCAUCUCCCUUGUGGCAUCCGCAAAAGUCCUCACUUCGGAGACACAUCCUCCCCAGCCCUGAUGGCCCAGCUCCCAGGCAUACUGGUCCCAGGGAACCUGGGCUGGGCCAGAAAGAAGCCUCCACUCAGCCCAAGAAUCUCUCUUCACACAGCUCCUUGAGGGCAUCCGGUCUUCAGGGUCCCUCUGAGGAAGAUCCCAGUGAUCUGGGCUUCCUGCCCACCAAUGGUAGCUUCCAAUCCAGGGCAAAGCCAGCCCAGCCUCAGCCCGCUGGAGAAAAACAGGAACAAGAUAAAUCAAAAACGCUUUCCCUCGAGGAGGCCGUUACUUCCAUUCAGCAGCUCUUCCAGCUCACCGUUUCCAUUGCUUUCAACUUCCUGGGGACAGAGAACAUGAGGAAUGGGGACUACACGGCAGCCUUUUCUUACUUCCAGAAAGCAGCAGACCAUGGCUACAGCAAAGCACAAUACAACGUGGGCUUGUGUCAUGAGCAUGGCAGAGGCACCCCCAGGGACCUUGGCAAGGCAGCCCUUUCCUACCAGCUGGCUGCCAGCCAGGGCCACAGCCUGGCUCAGUACCGCUAUGCCAGGUGUCUGCUGCAAGGCCCGGCCUCCGCGGGGGGCCCUAAGCAGCAGAGGGCAGUGUCCAUGCUGAAGCAAGCUGCAGACUCGGGCUUGAGAGAGGCUCAAGCUUUCCUUGGGGUGCUUUUCACCAAGGAGCCACACUUGGAUGAGCAGAGAGCUGUGAAAUACUUUUGGCUUGCAGCCAACAAUGGGGACUCCCAGAGCAGGUACCACUUGGGAAUUUGCUAUGAGAAGGGCCUUGGUGUGCAGAGGAACCUGGGAGAGGCUGUGAGAUGUUACCAGCAGUCAGCAGCUCUGGGCAAUGAACCUGCCCAGGAGAGGUUGCGGAACCUCUUUUCUGUGGAGGUGGCAGGGAAAGCCCUGGGCCCCAGCGACCUGGCAGUUAGAGGAUUGAAGUCCUUCUCCAGUCCCUCCCUGCACAGCCUCAACACUUUGCUGGCAGGAGCCUCCCACCUCCCACACGCCUCGAGCACAGGGAACCUUGGCCUCCUCUGUAGAAGUGGGCAUCUCGGAGCCAGCCUGGGAACCCCCAGCAGGGCUCUCCCCCUGCACAACUACCCCUUGGAAAGGAGUCCCGUCAGACUGGGUUUUGGCUAAGACCACCUCACUUCAGCCCUAAAGAAGGAAGCCUGUGGGUUCUCAGAGAGCUACCGCAACUUGAGUCCCAGGACAGAGGCCAGUUAUCUACUCACCUUCCCAAAGAAUCUUAAGCACCUGCCCUGGCACAGUAAAGAAGAAAGUGUAUGAAGACCCAGGUCCUGGCCAUGUCAGCUUGAAGCAGUGACCUGACCCGCUACAUUGUUUCCUCAGUGGUAAACCAAAGACAUUGGUGUCUGCCUUCUACCCUACAGCCCGUGUGUGCCAUUUCGCUGCAGAAAGGACCUUGGUCCUCACUGAAGCCCAAGGAGGCGGAGUGGUGCCCACGCUUACCGGCUUUAUGAGUCAGCAGGCCAGGAGAAGACCCAGGCCCCCUGACUCCUGGCCUGGGGCUCCUUUGCGCCAGUUCACACUGUAGCUUUACGCGAAACUGUUCUUGUCUUCCAGCCGGUGUGAGGGAGGAAGUGGACACUGAGCACCUGGAGACUUGCAGCAGGGAAGGGUAGAUUUCGAGAUCCUUGUUUGUGAAGGGUAUGCCAGAAAUGGAUGGGAGUUUAAUAAAAUAGAUACUGGAUUAUCUCAUCA